CAAGCAAACUCUCAAAGCCAAACUACCGCGCGAAUUCCACAGCUCCGAUCCAGCUAGCGCAAUGGCACCUAGAGCGGACGUUCUCCUUCUCGCCGUUGCCGUGGCCGCCGCGGCGUGCGCGGCCGCCUCCGCCCAGACCAGGCCCGGCAGGCUCGUCGUCUCCGGCGUGGUGCCGUGCAACACCGGCACGCUGAUCGACGCCGCCACCUUUCCGGCGUUUCCAGACGCGAAGGUGGAGCUGCGGUGCGGCGGCAGCGUGGUGGCGCGGGCGACGACGCGCCGCGACGGGUCGUUCGAGAUGGAGGCGGACGCCGUGGCCGGCGCGCUGGGGGCGCUCGUGGGCGCCUGCCAGCUGGUGGUCGACACGCCGCUGGCCAAGUGCAACGCGACGCUGCCGGCGGCCGGGGCGCUGGUGUCCAGCCUUCAGGGCCCGCUCGCCGGGAUGCUCGGCGGCGUCUUCCGCCUCGCCCCCGCCGGCUUCUCCUUCCGCAUGGACUGAUUUGACGACGACCUCUAGGAAACCUGAUGAUCGGUGCAUCUAAUAAAAAGACUGAAACAAAUAAGAACAAGUAAAAUCAAACUUUUACUUGUGUGCUGGUGGAUUGGUGGUGAUUGAUCACUAUAGAUACCUCACAAACUCUUUAAACUGAAAAUAAAUGUACACCUACGAGUGUGAGUGAAAUCUGCUCAGGCAGCAGUAGUUCUGUUUCUGAUGCUUUGUUAGCAAUCUUCAAGAACGUUAGUAUUGUAGGGACUUGAGUUCAGUCGACAUUUAGCCCUUUUUUUAGAGGAAUUAAAUUCCAUAAAACUGAAGAUGCAGCGAUAUGGCCGGCAACACUACUGAUAUCAGUGUUGGGUGGGCUAAUUUUACCA